AUGGCCUCUGAAUCUUUCCCUCUUCCAGAAUCCGAUCUGCGGCGCUCAGCUACUGAGGCCAAGCGUGUCCAUGAUCACAAAGCAAAAUGGGCCUUGGGAAUCCGUCCUAACACUCACAUCUGGAUGACCGGAACAGUCAAGAUCCCUGGUACUACUCGAGUUCGCCCUAACAGACCCGAAAGCCACGUUGGGAAAGGUUCUGUCAAGAUCAACCGAAUCCAAAUGCAGAGUUUUGUUGACGAAAAGGCAGCGGAAAAGAUGUCACAUUUCCGCUAUAUUGUGGGCCAGUUCCUGAAUGAAGAACACCACAACUCCGACUCCUCUGCUGAUGACGAUGUUCUUGAACCCAACGAGGCUGCUGAUGAUCCGAACGUCUUCUACUCUUUCGACGCACGUACUGGUCCCAUUCAGGGCACCGAUGUUCUUGGUGAUGCGCUCACUCACGCCUUGAAGAAGUUCGAAGCUCAGGAAACGGAGAAGCUCGUCCGAGAGUAUGAAUUCGUCGGAGUUCAGGAAGCCUCUCCCCAUCGUGACGAUGGAUUCUCAGCUGAUGAUGGCGACUUCGAGCUCAUCAAUAGUGCGGACCUGUAG